UCCUCGUCCCGACCUGAAAUGGAAAAGUACACAAAAUUCAUGGACGCCAUUGUACUCUUGCAAUUGACUCAAUUCUUGUUACUGCCAAUUUCUACGACGUUGUUUUUCAUUGUCUCGCCAGAUAACCCGAUGCAUCCCAGACACAUCAUUCCCAAAGGGAUUAAACUGAAAGAUAACCCGAUAUUUAUAUUUGUCUCAUUGAUUUUUAUCACGUGGACGUCUUGCAUCGCAUGGUAUACAUUUAUGCGGUUCAUGAUCGUUGGGACAAUCUAUUUCAUCUCGAUUUUAUUGGUGAUGAGAGAAUUUAAGACAAAUUCGGUGAAACAGUUGACAGUUAGUGCCCUAAGAUCGUCGGCGUAUUAUCUUUCUCGAGAAUUUACAAGCGUGCAACUUCUCCAUAAAGAAAUUAUGCAGGGGACAUGGUCUAUACUUGCAUUGACACAUUUGACGAUAGCUCAUCUCAGCUUAUUUUGCAAUUUUUCUAUCCUAAAAAAUUGGUACUCUAUGAAUUCUUCGACAUUGACCUUGCUGAGCAUUUGGGCCAUCGUGCAACAAUUGGGCUGGGGAGCUGUUCUAGAAAUUGCAGGAAAAUUUAAUAAUUUUUCGAUCAAGACGUUAAAAUCUUGGAAAGUUAUAUCAUUCAAAGACAAGACGGAAGCCAAGUACUUUUCCAAAUUUCGGAAAUGUCAGAAACCCGUGGUUAUUGGGAAAGAGGGGGUUUUAGCGUUUAAACGGUUGACGGUUUUGAAAUUUUUCAGGGCUGCGAUUAAAGGGACGUUUAAAGCUUUGUUGACUUUAGGGAAAACGGCGUGAAUAUCUAUACAGUAAAAUCAGACAGUUUAUUUGCACAUAUAUUUUUGUAUAUAAAAUAAUAAUAUCUUUAUUGCAUAUAUAGCCAAUAGCUCUUGCAAUUCACAAUCAUAGUUUGUUACAUAUAUUUUGUAUAGUCAAAUUUUUAGAUUAUAAUAAUUGUGAUAGUAGACAGGGGAGUAGAGGGAAAACCAGACUAUGGUGGUCAGUAUGGAACAGAGUAUAAACCCAGAUCGAACCGGGAUAGGGUGAGUUCGACCUGGAUGCCAUAAGACUUUUCAGCAUUGAGAACUGCAUAAUGGUAGCUGGAGGGGACAAACAUAGAACAUGACGCUUUUUUAUUUAAAAUAAAAUUGGACCCAAUUCCAAAAAAAAGUUGUAAUUUAAUUGUAAUUUGUGAUGAGCAUAAUUACUGAGAUAAUUGUUUGAGAUAGUGCUGGUAUUACAGUCACUCAAAACGACUUAAUCAGUCCAAAUUUACAACUGUGAAAUUAUUUUGAAGUUGACAAAUUUUGUAAAGU